AAUUGUGUAAACCAAAUACUAUUAUAAUUAGAAAACAUCCAAGUUUAUUUUCCACAAGUUUCCCUUUUCCUUAUCCUUUUCAAAUUUGAUUUUGAUACCUAUAAAUAUAGGCUAUAGCACACCCUGAACCGAACAUUAACGUUUUCUUCUUUGUAUUGUUCAAUGGCGAAAUCAAGAAUUAUAACAAAGACAGAUUUGAAAAGAAUGGAUGAGCAACUUGAGAGGCAUUUAGAUAAACUAUUUAGCAAGGGUUGUGACGAGUCCAAAAAGUUGGAAGUGACGAAGAAACAAGAAUGGGAAUUGGAUCCUACGAAACUUAAAGUUAACGUCAAUAAUCUUAUUGCUGAAGGGGCAUACGGAUCAGUUUACAAAGGUGUUUAUAAUGGACAACAAGUUGCAGUAAAAAUACUUGAUUUGAGCAAUGAAAAGAGAAGGGAUGUACUAACAAACGCUUUCACGCAAGAAGUUUCUAUAUGGUACAACCUACAUCACGCAAACAUAGCAAAGUUAAUCGGAGCUUCAAAAAGAUUGCCCCAAUUGAUUAUUAAACCCGAAUCUACAAGUGGUAAACCAUGGUUGAAAAGAUGGAUUAAUGAGCUGACCAAUCGCACCCCAUGGUCGAGAUAUCGUUCAUUGGAAAAACAACCAUCACUUGAAUAUGGUAUCGUGGUUGAAUAUGUCCCUGGAGGCACUCUCAGAUCACACCUCUUAAAAAAUCAUAUCAAAAAGUUGCCAUUGAAUUCUGUUAUUCAACUAGCAUUAGAUGUUGCAAGAGGUUUGAGUUACCUUCAUUCUAAGAAAAUUGUUCACAGAGAUGUAAAGACUAGUAAUUUAGUUAUGGACAAGGAUGGAAGGGUCAAAAUAAUUGACUUUGGAGUUUCUCGAAUUGAGGCUUCAUGUCCUCUUGACAUGACUGCCCAAAUUGGCACCAUCGGUUACAUGGCUCCUGAGGUGACAUAUCUCAUUCUGAAUCUUUUUUUAUUUACAAAAAGGAAAAAAAUGAAUUCUCUAUUACUUAUAUUAAUGUUAUUGUCUUAUUUUGUAUAUGCAGGUACUUAUUGGUCUACCAUAUGAUCAUAAAUGUGAUGUCUAUAGUUUUGGAAUUUGUUUGUGGGAGAUAUAUUGUUGUUCAAUUCCAUAUAAUGGAAAAAUUCCUUCUUCUCACACAAGUCCAUGUAUUUACAAGAGUCUAAGGCCGGAAAUACCAAACAAAUGUCCAAGUGUUGUGGCCAAUAUAAUGAAGCAAUGUUGGCAUGCAGACCCAAAAGAGAGGCCAGAGAUGAAGGAGGUGGUGCUCAUGUUGGAAGCCAUUGACACAUCUCAAGUUGCAGAAAAGGGUUGUUUUGGCUUUCAUUAGUGAUUAGACCGAAAGGAUUAAAAUGUACAAUAGAUUAACUUUGGUCAUAGAAGCUUGUAUAGAUAGGUUUAGGACAAUUCUUUUAUUUUAUUUUAUUUUUUGAGAAAUCAUUCUUUUGGUACAUUUUGCAUAUCAAGAUUCAAAAAUCUUCUUUACGUUCUUAAAUUUUAUGCAAAGACAAGACAAGACAAUCAAAUUGAAACAGAAGUCGUAGAUGCAAUCUAGCAAAACACUACGGAGAGGGGAUGGGAUGGGAUGGGGAGUGAGGGUUUGAAGGUGGGAUGAUCAAAGGGUGGAGGCUGGAAUCGUUGGAUGAAUGGAGAGGGGACAAUGAUCCUAGAAAAAAUAUUUUUGACCAACCAAAUAUGAAAAUAUUGAAAAAAACAUUUUCUUUCAUCCAUACCAAACACACCCUACUUUGGACUCAAAAGUCCAAAUAGGGUGAAAACAUAGUCGCAGAACAAAUAUCGGCUUUAGACUGUCUCUGACCUCGAAUAAAAAAAAUUCAAGUACUUUUCUUGCAUAAUCCCAGAUAAACCAACGUUUAGGAGGCUUGUUUGGGAAGUACAGAGCCCCUCCAUCUUUUCUUCUGCAAAUAAUUCUUGAGGUGAAAACAUAGUCGCAGAACAAAUUUUGAAUAUGAAAAAGACAAGUUCUAUAGGAUCCUAACUGAAUUGGCUCAUUUGAUAAACUAUCAAGUGGGAAGCAGCAGUAAAAACUGCUGCCUUAACCAAAAGGACGUGAAGAAGUUGUUUCUUCAUUAAGCUAGAGCUUUCACUUAUUUUGUUCGCUUCAAUGCAAACAUGUGAAACUGUUUUUAGCAGAAGGAAAACUGCCACAAAUCGAGAGAGGGGGAGGGGGG